GAGCAAAACCAGCAUACUCUCCAAAAAUAACAAUUUUUCCUGUGGAGCUUUUGCGAGAAACAACUUGUUGUUGCUGUCACUUGUGCUUUAUUUUCGUUUUUUGUUUAGUGCUCAGUUUUUGAGAAACUCGUCAAAGUGGCGUUUGAUUUUUCCGACAUGUUGAAAUUUCUGAUAACAUUUGGGGCUGGCAUAUAUACUGGAAUUUAUAUAAGUCAAAAUUAUGAGGUUCCUCGUGUAGAUGAACCCGGCAAGCUGGUCGAUAAAAUAAAAGAAUUUGCGGACGAACAUAGAAAAAACAUAACUAUGAAAUGAGCAACUUUACAACAUCAAGCAAAUCGUAAACAUCACUUAUUACCGUCCAUUAUAAUUUGUGAGUAUCCAAGCAUCGAGGGUAUCAUGCUAAUUUAAAACACCAAACAAUUGAAUCAAAUGGAUGAUCAUAUUUAUACAUUUCAAAGGUUAACAACUGAUUAAUAUUUUCAAAUUUAGAAACAAGUCAGUUUUAUAAAAUUUCCUAUUGAAAAUAAAUUUAAACCCAUAUUUGCCUCUCGGAACAUGUGAAAA